AAAUUAUCCCGCGGGGCUUUUGCUGUGAGGACCUCGUGCAGGAAGUCGUCGCGUGAUUCCCUCCCACCUGACGCCGGUGGCUGAUGCGUUCGUCCCUCGCAGGUGGACCGGAGGCCGUCUUCCAAGAACAAGUCACCAGCCCGAGGAUGCGUCGACGCGACAGGUGGUCGACGCCGAGCUUGCGGACCUGCGUCUUCAUCCUGUUGGCGGUCACGCAGACGGAGUCGCGGCGCGGAGAGGAGAAUGGUGUCUCCUUGCUCCAGCUGAUCGGUGACCCUCCGCCAGGCGAGAUCACCAGGGUGUACGGCCCAAGUGGGGAGGCAGCCUAUGUCUUCACCGCUGGAGCGGUGUCGGGCCAGCCGGCGCUGGCCCACGUCCCCAACCCUUUCUACCGCCACUUCUCCCUCCUCUUCCACAUCAAGCCCUCCACUCCCGCCGCCGCCGUCCUCUUCUCCAUCACUGACGGGCCGCAGAGGAUCAUGUACAUUGGUGUCAAGCUCAGUGCAGUGCGGUCCGGCCGUCAGCGGGUGCAGUUCUUCUACACCGAGCCCGACUCUGAGGCUUCCUAUGAGGCGGCCAACUUUGAGGUGCCGAGCAUGGUGGACACCUGGAGUCGCUUCUCGCUGGCCGUCUUUGAGGACCAGGUGACCUUCUACCAGGGCUGCGACUCUGAGCCCCAGGUGGCGAAGUUUGAACGCUCUCCGGACCUCAUGGAGCUUGACACGGGGGCGGGGAUCUUUGUGGCGCAGGCAGGAGGAGCCGACACUGACAAGUUCCAGGGGGAGAUCGCAGAGCUGACAGUGGUGGGGAACCCUCAGGCAGCGGAGCGUUUGUGCGACGACGAGGACGACUCUGACGCUGCGUCUGGUGACUUUGGCAGCGGCGAAGGCGAGAGUAGACAGACGGGACACACUGUGAGGACCACCCCUGCGCCCUUCCGUCCAGUACCUGAACCCCCGCUGACGUCCUCCCAGGGGACCAGACUCAAGGAAACAGAUGUCAGGUACCAGCAGCCGUCGGUGGACCGCAGCCGCCCUGGAUUACCAGGCCCGAGAGGUCCCGGUGGUGCUAAAGGUGAGAAGGGCGACAGAGGAGACACAGGCUUGAAGGGGGACAGAGGCCCCGCAGGGCCGAAGGGAGACCCGGGGUCCAGCUCUGGCUCCGGUGUCUCCUCUCAGGGGGGAGAACGAGGACAGAAGGGUGAAAAAGGUACAAAGGGCAGUUCUGGCUUUGGAUACCCCGGCAAUAAAGGAGAACGUGGGGCUCAGGGGCCUCCUGGGCCCCCUGGUCCCCCCGGCCCUGCGGCCGAGGUGGUCCGACUCGGGAAUGGCUCUGUUGUGCAGCAGGUGGCCGGACCCCCCGGGCCUCAGGGACCGCCAGGGUUGAGUGGUGCCGCAGGACCUCCAGGAGCUGAUGGGGAACCUGGUGAUCCAGGAGAGGAUGGAAAAGCUGGUCCUGCUGGGUCACAAGGUCUCCCAGGAAACCCAGGAACACCUGGUGCCAAAGGCGAAAAGGGUGAGCGUGGAGAGGGUCAACCUGGACCAAGAGGACCCCCAGGCCCACCAGGACCUCCUGGACCUGGCACUCAUGAUCGCCCAACCUUUGUUGACAUGGAGGGCUCAGGAUUCCCAGACCUGGACAAAAUCCGGGGUCCCCGUGGUCCUCCGGGUCCCCCAGGUCCUCCUGGCCCUCCUGGGAUCCCUAGUACUUCGGUGGCAAUGGGAGCCAAUGGUCCCAUAGCCUUUGGACCUCCUGGACCACCUGGACAGGAUGGAGUCCCUGGUCUGCCAGGCCCUCCUGGUCCUCCUGGUGCAUCUGGUCCACCCGGAAUCAGAGGAGAGAAGGGUGACUGUAGCGAUCUCGGUCUCCCAGGAGCUGCUGGAGAAAAGGGGGCUCAGGGUGACCCAGGACAGAUGGGUCAACCAGGGCAGACUGGCCUUGCGGGGCUUCCAGGUCCGAUGGGACCAGUUGGACCUCCGGGACCCCCCGGACCACCGGGGCCAUCUUACCGCAUUGGCAGUAGUGACCAGGAUGGAUAUGAGGUGCUCAAUGGCUUGCCUGGACUCAGAGGUCCACCUGGACCACAGGGCCCAGCUGGUAUUGCAGGUCUACCCGGUAAGCCAGGGUUGCCUGGGAACCAUGGAGACAAAGGAGCGGAGGGUCCAAGAGGAACACCUGGGAUCCCAGGCCUAGACGGAUUCCCUGGGCAGGCGGGUCAAAGGGGAGAAAGAGGAGAGAAAGGAGAGAUGGGUCUGCCAGGGCGAGACGGCGGACCGCCUGGACCUCCAGGGCCUCCCGGACCUCCAGGACAGGUCAUCUACCAGACGGCAGGCGAUUAUAACGACAUUUAUUGGAACGAAGGGGGGCAGGGAGGACCUGGCGUUCCGGGUCGAGCUGGCUUCCCGGGGCCCAUGGGACCAAAAGGAGAAAAAGGGGACACAGGUCCUCCAGGAUAUGCACCUAAGGGAGAGAAAGGAGAGCCCGGUGUGGUCCUGGGGCCCGAUGGGACGGUUAUGAACCUGGGUGGCCUGGCAGGACAGCCGGGUGAGAUGGGACCGCCUGGCCCUGUGGGACCUCCAGGUCCAUAUGGUCCUGCAGGCCAGAAGGGUGAGAUCGGGUUCCCGGGCCGACCGGGUCGGCCGGGGUUGAAUGGCGCCAAAGGAGAGAAGGGAGAUGGAUCUGGAUACGGAAACCCUGGUGUUCCAGGACCACCAGGCCCCCCUGGACCUCCUGGACCUCCUGCACCCAUCGACAGACUCAGAGGAUAUGAGGAUUACUCCAGAUAUCACCCCGCAGUUAAAGGAGAGAAAGGUGAUCGUGGACCACCGGGGAUACUUCAGAUUCCAGGUCUCGAAUCAACCUAUGACAUUUACACCUUAAAGAAUGAGUUGAAAGGCGAAAUGGGCACUCCUGGCUUGAAAGGGGAGAAAGGAGAACCGGGAGGAGGAUAUUAUGACCCCCGCUAUGGAGGGAUUGGAACCCCGGGAGCGCCUGGACCUCCGGGCCCUAAAGGUGACUCCAUCGUUGGCCCACCAGGCCAUCAGGGGCCACCUGGUCCACCAGGAAGAGGCUAUGACGGGCCACCUGGACCACCAGGGCCACCUGGACCCCCAGGACACUCUCUACCCGGAACUUACAGGGGCACACAGACUAUCAGCAUUCCUGGGCCACCGGGACCACCUGGACCACCCGGAAUACCUGGACAAUUUUCUGGGAUGAUAGUCUUGAGGUCUUAUGAUACCAUGACAGCCACCGCUAGAAGACAACCUGAGGGCUCUCUGGUGUACAUUAUUGACCAAACAGAUCUCUACUUACGGGUCCGAGAUGGAGUUCGUCAAGUCCAGCUUGGGAGCUACAUUGCGUUGCCCAGUGAGGAUGGUAAUGAGGUUGCGGCUGUGGAGCCCCCACCGGUUGUCCCCUACUCCCCAGACCAUCAUUCAAACACUGACUCCCCAAGCCCACCUGACAGUCAGUCAGAACCCGAUCCCAGGUACCCAACCCACUCUGACCCACGAUACCCAACCCACUCGGACCCACGAUACCCAGCCCACCCUGACCCACGAUACCACCCUGACCCAAGAUAUCAGCCCGAUCCGCGGUUCCCAGGACCGACAGAUCCAAGGUUUCCGAGUUACAAAGAACGACUAAACCAACCAGACAGUAGGUAUUUUGUUGAUACCACCCAGGAUCGCCCUGCGUACCCGGACACUCGCUAUGCAGUCACCCCUCAACGAAGACCACCUCCUCCUGUGCCCCAGACUCCAGUCCACCAUCACAAUUCAGCUCCAGGGCUCCACCUGAUCGCCCUGAACAGCCCUCAGACCGGCUCCAUGAGGGGAAUCCGUGGUGCAGACUUCCUGUGCUUCACCCAGGCUCAGGCCAUCGGGAUGAAAGGAACUUUCCGGGCCUUCCUGUCCGCGAGACUCCAGGAUCUCCACAGCAUCGUCCGCAAGACAGACAGGGACCGUUUGCCAAUAGUCAACCUGAAGGAUGAGGUUCUGUUUGACAGCUGGGACGCCAUCUUCAAUGAAGGCAGAAUGAAGGAUAACGUGCCAAUUUACUCCUUCGAUGGCAAGAAUGUUCUCACUGACAGCACAUGGCCGGAGAAGAUGAUGUGGCACGGGUCAACCAGCGGCGGCCAGCAGCACGCCAACGGCUUCUGCGAGACGUGGCGCGUGGCCGACCGGGCGCUGACCGGCAUGGCGUCGUCGCUGCAGAGCGGCGGUCUGCUCCAGCAGCGCUCCAGCAGCUGCUCCAGCUCCCUCGUCGUGCUGUGCAUCGAGAACAGCUACAUCGGCCACGCUAGGAGAUAGACGUGCAAACUUAUACACACACUCACACAAUACUGGAAAAAGGGGAAUCCGAAAGCAGUCAGCCAGGCUUUUGUCCACACACACACUAUUAUCUAUCUUUGCACCGUAUGUGGUGCUUUGUAAAUAGGUUUUCUCUUUAAUUAAUAACUAGUUUAUGUUUGUUAGCCCCCUUAUAUGGUGCUAUACAGGAUUAUCGCACAUGUUGAACGUAAAUUAAGCUCAGGUGAGAUACAGUAACACACCCUCUGCCCUCUGGCAGCCCUAUCGGAAGCCCGAACCUUUUAAGGCAGCUGUCCUUGAAAGCUGACUGUGUUUCCAAAGGUGCAGCUUUGUUCACAUUUCUUUGGUGUUUUGUGGCUUGUCAGCGAGUAUGUUGAUAUAAAUAUUGAAAUUACCGUGCUUGGUGCUAGCUAGGGAAGCCAAGUUUUUAUUUGCCUGGGUUUUGAGGUAUCUGUCUCAGAUCUCUGCUUGGACAAUGGAGGCGAAUUGAUGUUUGUCAGUGGGUUUUCACAGCACUGAAAAUUCAAUUCAUAGAACUCAACAGUGCCUUUCUUUCCGGAAACCGUGUCCUGGUUACUCUGGAUAAUUAGCAGAACGCACAGACCGAUAAACUGUUUUUCGGUCGGACUAUUUCCUUGGUAAGUUCCGAAACUGUCGACAGUGCGGCGAAUGGAUUAUCCAAAGUAACAGCGACACCGAUUCUGGAUCCCACCAGUUUGUGCUUCUUAUGUAUAAUCAUUACAUUCGAGUCAUAGAGCUAAGCAUCAGUUUUUCAAAAAAAAUAACUAGAUUAAUUCAUUAAUUAAUACCUGGCAACUUUUAAAAAAGGUUUAACCAGACAUAUUGCUGUUUUGAAGGUAUUUAUAAAAUCCCCUAUUCUAACCAUCCGGGUGAAAAUGCACGAUAAAAAUGAUUUUUAAUGAUUAUUUUUCCAGCUCCUCUCCCAUUAAGAGAUGAUAAUUAAACAAAGAUGGCAGCCGGAUAUUACACAGGCUCUUGCUCAGCUUGUGCGACAUGAACUAAAAGUCAUUUGUUUUAUUAACGGUCAUAUUUGUCUAAACUGAAUUAUAUUACUGUACAUUUUCAGACAGAAUAACACGUUUAUAUAUUGUUCGUGUUGAACAAAAAGAGCCAGGUUUCCUGGAUGGAAGAAGCAGACAGAAUAUUUUUCCGUCUGGAAGAAGAGUCUUAGAGGAUAUUAGGAAAUUUUCUUUUUCAAACUGUGUUGUUAAACGACCCUCUGGGCUUUUAAAAGGUAUUUGGGUGUUUAUUUAUAAGAGCAGUUUUUAUACUCUGUGACUGUAACAUAAUGGAAAUACAUGAGAGGCGGUUAGCUUUGUCUCAGAGAGGGUUACACCAAGAUUAUGUCUUAACUGCCAAAAAAGAACUGUGGAACAAGAGACACACGUAGACUUUUCAUGUUUCCUUUUCUUUCCUGCCUGCAUUUAACCAAAAAAAAAAACUCUGUGAUGAAAAUAUGAACACGCCAAAUUUACAGCUCAAGUACCUGAAAAUCAGUGUUAAUGAUCAUUUAAACAAGGUCUCCUGUGUCCCAAAUCCCACCUCGUCUUUUAUAUACAGUGUUAGCCAGUUCUGGGUCUCCUCAAAGGGUGCGGUCAUCGACACAUCCCAGCGUCCAAGAGCGAGAUAAACGUUGUAUCUGAAAUGUAUGUUGUUUUUUUUUCUUCUGUAACCCACAGCACUUGAGUAAUGGCCUUUUCCUUUUGCUACUGUCUUACAUGGGAAGAUAUUUUCAGGUCGUACUUUCAGCAAUAACAGAGGGAUAUUUAUUUUUUAUAAACCGUGCUUUUUCUAUUUCAGCUCUAAUUUGUGGUGCGAGCGCUUUCACUGAGAAUAAUAACCUUUUUCCGAAAUGCAUCCAGCAAAGGUGCAAACCCCACUCAAGGAUGUUUAAUGUGUGUUGUAAUCCUGGGAAAAAAAAAAAAAAUUAGGGACGACUUUCUCGCUGAUAUACAGUUUGUGCACAUUGUGAGCAAGCAAAUGAAAAUGAUGUACAGAUAUCUGGAAAGGAAUCAGCCAUAAAUGUUCUAUACACUGUCGCUUGUUAAUUGUUUUGCUUUUUAAUGGAGAGCGGCACAGUGAAUGCACUGCGGCUAGCCCACUGGCGUCUCCGGUGGAGAGGAUGCAAACACCGGGGUGAAACCUGAGAGUCGCCCGUCAGUUUCUGGAGGCUAGGAAUUGAUUGUCAUGUACUAACAGAGCCAUAAUAAACGCAGUAAGACGUGUAUUAACUCCUGCA